AUGUCAACCUCCAAACUCUUCACCCCCCUCCGCGUGGGCCAAUCAACACUCUCCCAUCGCCUAACAAUGGCCCCCAUGACCCGUCUCCGCGCCUCAAACACCCAUACGCCCCUCCUCCCCCUCGUCAAAGACUACUACCGUCAGCGUGCCUCCGUCCCAGGCUCCCUCCUCAUCACCGAAGCAACCGUGAUCUCCCCCCGCCAUGGCGGCUACACCAACGUCCCCGGGAUCUACAGCGAGGAGCAAAUCUCUGCCUGGAAGAAGUCACCAAUGCAGUGCACGAGAAGGGCUCGCAUAUCUACAUGCAGCUCUGGGCGCUGGCCCGGAGACGUCCCCAUGAAGAGCGUGUUCAGCGGGGAAAUGCACCAUCCCAGACCGCUAACAGAGCAAGAAAUCACCGCCGCAGUCGGCGAUUUCGUAGCCGCAGCAGAAAACGCAGUAAAAGCGGGCUUCGAUGGCGUCGAAAUCCACGGCGCAAACGGCUACCUCGUCGACCAAUUCAUCCAAGAUACCGCCAACAACCGAACUGACAAUUGGGGCGGGUCUAUUCCCAACCGCUCCCGUUUUGCGCUGGAUGUCACCCACGCAGUCGUAAAGGCCGUGGGCAACGACAAAACCGCCAUCCGGUUAAGCCCCUGGAGUAAAUUCCAGGGUAUGCGCAUGGAAGACCCGAUCCCGCAGUUCUCGCAUCUCAUUGAGAACCUGUCAGACCUCAAACUCGCUUACUUGCAUCUCUGCGAGUCGGAUGCUAAGGCCGCUGGUGAAUCACUCCGCCCGUUCAUCGAUAGCUAUAACAAGGCCGGUCCGGUUAUGGUUGCUUCUAAUUACACUGGUGAGACUACGGUGAAGGCUGUUGAGGAGGAGUAUAAGGAUAAUGAGGUUAUGGUUGCUUUUGGGAGGCCAUAUAUUGCGAAUCCGGAUCUGGCGUUUAGGGUUCGGGAAAAGGUGGAGUUGGCGGAGGUUAGGCAGGAAGGGGUUUAUGCGCAGAGUGAGGAGGGGUAUACGGAUUACGGGUUUAAUGAGGAGUUUAAGGCGGUUUACCAGUGA